AUGCCUAGCCUCCACCCGACAAUUAUCGGUGACUUUUAUUCGACGGAGGGGACAGUCAUCAUGCAAAUCACCAAGAUUCUACUCACAGCAAGCGCAUUCGCCAUCGCAUCCUCUUUGGCUAUACCCGUCGCCCAGCCAAACGCUCUCAACAAAGGGGCAGCAGGCCACGAAGAUGGAAAGCAUCCUUCGACCGUGACCUGGGUGGCCGCUACGAAUCCAAACGCACCGACAUCUCACGAGCACAACUCGGUAGAAGGAAUGUCCAUCGUCAAGAGAAAUCCAAGUUUCUUUGGCAAUCGCUUCCGAGCGGCUUUUCGUCGCCUGUUGUGUGGAAGUGGUGACUUUAUGUGGUGUUAG